UCGCGAGAGCCACACUUUCGGUUCGGUUUGCUCGCCGACAUACAGUACUGCGACGGCGACGACCGCAAAAACAUCACCGGAACGCAAAUGCGGAGGUACAGGAACACGCUGAACGUCGCGGAACGGGCGGUGGAGUAUUUUAACACGCACGAGUGUGACUUUUUGGUGCACAACGGAGACAUCACCGACCACCAGUGCGCGUUUGAUUUCGCGAGCGAUGAUUUUAAGCCCAUCGAGCGCGGAAGAGAGGAUUUAGGGGCGGUGAUGCGGAUAUUGAGCCGAGCGAAGUGCGCGGAGUGGUUGUUCACGGUUGGGAAUCACGAGCUGUAUAAUUUUACGCGAGAGGAGUUGCGCCAAGGCGUGGCGAGUCCUGGGAAUUCGUUGAAUUUGAAAUGCUCGAACGCGGAUGGGGAGUUUUAUUACUCCUUCAAAGCCGGACCGGGAUGGCGAGUGAUGGUGCUGGAUCCGUACGCGGUGAGUAUUUAUCGCAAAGGUCGCCAGCAAGGGCUGUGCGAGGAAGCGGUGGAGCUGUUGCGCAAGCACAACCCAAACGUCGACUUGUUCGUCAAGGAAAAUCCAGACGGGCUGGCUGGGCGAUGGGUGCCGUUUAACGGAGGAUUGGGGAAAGAGCAAAUCGCCUGGGCUCGCGAGACGAUUCGCGCCGCGAGCGCCGCAGACGAAAAGGUAUUAAUCUUCUCUCACUUGCUCAUCCACCCGCACUCCACGGCGAAAAGAUCGGGCAAGACUUUGAUGUGGGACUACGACGAAAUUUUAGAAAUUAUCGAGGCCGAGGAAACGCGAGGGUGCGUGAAGUGCGUAGUCUCCGGCCACCAACACGAAGGCACAAAGUGGCAGUGCGAGAAAACGGGCGUGCAUUACAUCGGCAUGGAGAGCCCGAUGCUAGCCAUGGACGUGUCCCCGGGACCAUUUGCCAUCGUUGAAGUCUUCGAUGAUGAAAUUGUAUUCAAAGGGUACGGGCGAAACGAGGACUCG